AUGGCAUCUCUCGUGAUCUUCGACUUCGAUGGCACCCUCUUCGACACCCACGAAUCCAUUUCUCAGACAAUCAAACUCACCUUCGAUACCCUGCUUCCAGCCCAUACCCCGCCUCAAGAUGAGAUUCACCGCCUGAUCGCCAGCGGGUCCGGACUGACCGAUACGUUCAAAACUCUACACCCCUCACCGGCGGACUUCACCCCGACCAUCGAGAGUGAAUGGAUUGGGAAAUAUCGCUCACUCUACGCCACCCACGGCCAGCCACUCAUUAAGGCUUUCCCGGGCGCAAAGGAACUCUUGGCAAAGAUCAAUUCGCUCGGGAUUCCCAUCUCUAUCAUCAGUAACAAGGGCGUCGAGGCAGUCAAGACUGCCUUGAAGCGCAAUAACUUGGAUGGUUUGGUGCCCGAGGAUCUCAUUAUUGGUGACAAUACUCCUGGUGCGAAACGCAAACCAGAUCCCUCCAGCUUCACGAAUGUUUUAGCCCCCGCUCUUGAGAAAGCCGGCACGCAGAUUGUAGCCAGCCAAGUGCUGGUUGUUGGAGAUACAAUUGCUGAUAUUGAAUUCGCAAGAAACAUCGGCAGCACGGUCUGCUGGUGCCGGUAUGGAUAUGGGGAUCGAGAGGCUUGCCAGGCCUUGGGACCAGACUUCGUUAUCGAUGCCCUGGAGAAUGUGGCGGGGCAUUUGAGCAACUAG